CAAUUUACAUCAAAAUUUAGUAGAUUAAAGAAAAUGCGGCGCAUUUCAUGUUUAAUUUUUGCGACAUAUUUGUGACAUAAAACUGAACUAUUAGUAAAAAAUUCGGACUCUGUAGGUUUGAAAAUAGUUUCUCAUGUCUGGAAUGUUAACAAGAGCUCGCGCUUUCUCCACGGAAGCUCUAAAAGUUGUUAACAAUGUUGCUAAGCAACAGUUUGCUGUGUCAAUAAAAGGAGAAGAUGCUGUGAUCAGCUAUGAGAAGAAAGGCAAGGGGAUAACCUUGAUCCAUACAAAUGUGCCGCAGGCUUUUCAAGGAAAAGGAGUUGGGAAAUUAUUGGCACAGGUUAUUUUCUGAGUAUUGAAUUUUAGUAUCAAGUAACAUACACAUCAAGUUUUAAAUCUUAAUUCAAAAAGUUUAUCUUUUAGUCUUGUGUCAAUAAAAAUGAUGUCAGUUGAAAAUAUUUUUUUUACAUAAAUAAAAAUACAAUUAUUAUUUACUUUCCAGUAUGCCUUUGAUCAUGCUUUAGAAAACAGGUUGAAUGUGAUUUGCAAAUGUCACUUUUUAGCCAAAUUCUACGAAGACAACAUUAAUAAAUAUAAGGUGCUAAAUGUAAAACUUGAAUUAGAAUAAUUUAACCAUGGAUUUGGCUUGGCAUAGAUGUAAUAUUCAUUAUUAUUUACGGGAAAAAUACUAUGGUAAUGUUAAGAAAAUUUCAAACGAAGCGUUGCAACAAAAUCCUAGGAACUCAGAAUUUAUUUUCUAUACUGGAAUUGCAUUGAUAUUAGAAGGGCAAGUUCAUAAAGGGAUUUCUGAACUAACUCCGCUCCAAUCAGACAGUGAGAUACAAUUGGCAGUGAUCAUUGCUCUAGUUUAUGCAUACAAAGUUUCUAAUUUACCAGAAAAAGAGGUGUUGUUCAAUUUAGAAUCAAAAUUGAAGGAAGAAAAGAAACAUGCAAGCAUAACUUCAUAUUACUAUUCAGCUUUGUUUUUAUCAUUAGCAGAAAUAAAUGAAAAAGCAUCUGACUAUUUAAAUAAAGUAUUUAGAAAAGAUCCUAAUAAUUUAGAUUCUAUAAUUCUGAAGGGAUGGAAUGACCUGGGCUUGAGUCAGGAAAAAUCACCGAAAUCCACUAUAGAAUGUUUAGAAGCAGCUAUCAGAAAAAGUGAUAACAGUAUUGAAGCACUGCUUGGGUUGGCAAAAUUGAAAUAUCUAGCAAAGGACUAUGAUGCAUCAAAUUUAACAUUAGAUAGACUGAUUAUUAACAACUCAGGGCAAGUAGUACCCCUUGUCGAGAAAAUGAAAAAUGAAUUUGCAAUGCAGAAAUGGGAAGCGGUUUUCGAUACAUUAGAAAGAAUAUUUUCUAUAGAUCCAGAUAAUGUUGAGGGCUUGAAAAUGAGAAUAUAUCUUGCACUUGGUAAACGAUCUGAUUAUAUAGAAGCAGCUGAUCAAUUGAACCGCUUUUUUGGUAUACUCGAAAUUGAAGAAAGCCAUAAUGGACAUCAGUUUUACUAUACUGCUCAAAUCUUUUCUAGAAUUUGUGGGAGGUCAAGUGCAGUUUUGUCUCAAGCUUAUAGAUUUGCCCAGUAUGCUUCAGAAAUGUAUUCAAAUAAUGUUGACUAUCUCAGUGAAGUUGGCUACCAGUGUAUCCUUCAGGCAAAAUAUAAAGACGCACUGAGUUUCUUUAGAGCUGCAAGUAAAUUGGACAAUAAUUCCAUCACAGCACUCUGUGGAUUGACUCUCUGCCAAAUGUUAGAGAAUGGUCCGACAGACCAAAUAACCCAACAAAUUGAAUUACUUUUUGAGAUGCAAGGAACAGAAAAGUUACCACUUCUAUACUUGUUGUCUGCCCAACUAAAUAUCAAGAACUCAUCUAAUGCAGUACCAUUGUUAAACACAGCCUUUGAAACAAAAUUAAAUUUAGCCUCUCGCAAUCCCAUGAGUUUAAUUUACAUUAAGGACUUAGACCCAGAUUUUGUUUUAGAAAUUUACAAAGAGUACAAAAAGCAUUUACCAAAGAAGCCGUUUAUUAUCAUUGGGUAUCUGCUUUAUUCUCAAGAAGGAAACAUCCCUGUUGUAAUCCAGUGUUUUAAAAUCUUAAAUGCUGUUUGUGAAGCUUGCUCAGGUUUGAUACCAGGCUUAUUUGAAUUGGCUAAAUUGAAAUUUCUUUUCGGAUAUGCCAUUGAAGCUGAAAAAAUAGCUCAACAAAUCGCUGAGUUGGACAAUACACAUGCUGGUAGUCAGAUUUUACUAUCACAAAUUUAUAUACAACAGCAAGAAUAUGUUAAAGCUGAACAAUGUUUAGAAAUUUGUCUGAGUUACAAUUUCAAAGUCAGAGAUAGUGCAAUGUACCAUUUUAUAAAUGCAAUAGUUUUAAAAAGCAAAGAAAAAUUACAAGAUGCUUUGUCAAGCUUCUUGACAAGUCUUCAGAUAGCAACUAGUAAAAGCAACAUGAGCAGAACAUUCGAUUCAGACUUGAACAUUAUUGAUAAAGCUACUUUGUAUCUACAAAUCAUUGAGAUACACACAGCUUUAGGGCAAAUUGGGGAAGCGGGCAAAGCCAUGCAGGAAGCAAUUCAAGAAUUUUCAUAUACAUCAGAAGAAACUCGGCUGUUAAUAUCACGUGCUGACUUGGCUCUGAAUCAAGGGGAUAUUGACAGUGCAAUUGACAUCUUAAAUGAAAUAAAGCCCGGACAGCCAUAUUACUUUCAAGCCCACAGCAAACUGGCUCAUAUUUAUUUGAAAAAUAAAAAAGACAGAGCCAUGUUCACAACAUGUUUUAAAGAGAUUGUCAGUAAUCAUCCAAUGACAGAUGCCCAUACGAUGAUGGGAGAUGCUUUUAUGUCGAUUCAAGAUCCAGCACAAGCGGUGGAGUCAUACGAGACCGCCCUGAGAGGCAACCUCGGGGACCUACAGCUCACUAAGAAACUCGGCGCAGCUUUGUUCAAGAUGCACGAAUACGACAAGGCCGUGCAGCACUAUGAGAACGCGAUGAAAACGUUCAACGACGACGAACUUAAAUUUGAAUAUCUCGAUCUACUCGUCAGAUUAAAACAAUACGAUAAAGCGGACACUACUAUAUCUUCGGAGCUGAAUCAGGUGUACAAUAAAGAGAAAGACAUCGGAACACUGAGGCGCCGUGUCCGAUUGCUACUUAAGCAGGCGAAAUGUAGAGAACUGAAAACUCCGACUCCGGGAAACGUCAAUUUAAUAUUAGCCGAAGCAAAAGAAUUGCAGUUAUCGAUCGUCAAAAGACUAGAGAUAGACUCGAAGACGGAUCUGCAGGAGGAGAGGAGGCAGCUUUCGAACAUAUUGUGCGCUUUGGCGAAGUUCAAAAGCAUGAGGGAGCCGGCUGUCGCGGCUAAUUUGUAUUCUGAGGCCCUAAUUCAUACUCCCCGCGAGCCGAGCACGCUGCUGGCCCUAGCUAAGCUGUACGCGCAGAUGAAUAAUCCAGAAAAGUGCGAGCAAACUUGUGCAGUUUUAUUGAACGCAGAUCCGAAUAAUGAAUCUGCGGCAGUCAUGAUGGCAGACCUGGCGUUUCGUAAGGUGGAUCUAGAAACAGCCCAACGGCAUCUGAACCAGAUCUUAUCGGUGAAGCCGACGAGCUGGGAGGCUCUCGCGCAGCUUGUCGAGGUGCAGUGGAGACGCGGGAAACUCAGCGAAGCCGAACAGGCCUUGGAACUCGCCAAGCAACACCUCGACGAUCCGGACGACCCGGGCUACAAGUACUGCGCGGGCGUGUGCGCGGCGUACGGCGGCAAGUGCAACGCGGCGCUGCGGGCGCUGAACGCGGCGCGCGGGGGGGCGCGGUGGGGGGCCGCGGCCGCCGCGCGCAUGGUGCUGCUGUGCCUGUCGCAGCACGCGCCGCUGCCGCCGCCGGAUAACCUCACCGCCUCCGCUGAUGACGCUGAUACGCGUCUACUAGCUUUACGGACCGCCGAAAAGCUUCUCGUCGAAGUGAAUCCAGCUGAACGGAAACCUCUGCAGGCGCUCCUCCAGCUGGCGACCAAGAACAAGGGCCAGGCGGAGCGGGUGCUGCAAGACUUGCUACCCCUGGUCACCGAGGACGGCUACCAGGACGACCCUUACGUCGUGCUGGCCAUCGCUAAUGCAUACAAUAUAACAAAACAGCCGACGCGCGCGAAGAACAUCCUCAAAAGAACUAUUUCGUCCAUCGUGUGGUCGCCGGAGAAGGCCGAUGGACUCGAAAGAUGCUGGCUGGAAGUGGCUGAGGGACAGAUAAGUUCCGGAAGGACGGACGCUGCCAAAGAACUGCUCACGAAAAUCUUAAACCACAACAACUCUUGUGCUAGAGCCUACCAAUAUCUAGGUCAAAUAGCGGAGAAGGAGCAGAAUUACAAGAGCGCGGCGCACAACUACGACAACGCGUGGAGCCACGCCGGCCGCGGCGACCUGUCCGUCGGCUACAAGCUGGCGCAUUGUUAUUUGAAACUCAAGAAGUACCCGGAAUGUAUAAUCGUAUCGCGAUACAUACUGAAGGUGCAUCCCGACUAUCCGAAGAUCAAGAAGGAGAUUUUAGAGAAAGCUAAAGCGAAUUUGAGGACGUGAAUUAAACGAAAUGUAGAAAUGUAACAAUAUUUUGUACAUUUUUAAAGUGAAACUUCUUUAGAAUCGUUGGGUGUGAUUUCAAACUCGAUGAAACGAAAAAAUGAAACGUGAAGUUUUAAAUAUCAAUUCACAGAGGGCGCUACCUCAUACUAUACAAGAUAAUUUACUUUUUUUAUUUUAUUUAUUGCAUAGAUGGGUGGACGAGCUCAUAACCCACCUGGUGUUAAGUGGUUAACGGCGCCCAUAGACAUCUACAACGUAAAUGCCGCCACCCACCUUGAGAAAUGAGUUCUAAGGUUUCAGUAUAGUUAUAAAUUUAGUGCCUUCGAUGAUGCGGAACGUGUUUAGUAAUUUUUAUUCUUGUGUCGAGGACGCGUGAAUUUACUAGUAAUAGCUUUUUUGUACAAAAUUUCAUGGCGGGAAAUGCACUUUUCUCUUUUGAGGGUAGACACGUCCGAUAGCUGCGUUUGAGGUGAUCAAGGUACCGCAGUGCGCGUUGCUGCUGUCCAGGUACUACUACCCCCUGUCCAUCUAAGUAACAAAUUUAAGUUGCUUUGCCCAGCAGAGCAGUGAGAUCGGAUAUUUGAAGACUGCUUUAACUGAACUUCAUCAUCAUUUUGAAUCGAAAAGCCCUUAUAAUAAAUGAGGCCGUCAGCGCAAAAGUGCCCUAAGUUUACCAUAGUUAGUAUGGAGGCAGUUAGGUUUGAAUUUUCAUGAAUUCGAAUUUGAGUAGGCCAAAAAACAAUACGCGCAAAAUUAAUGUUUACAAAGCUAUCUGUUAUCUCUUAGUGAAACUACGGAUAGGCCGGUUUUGCAUCAAAAUUUAUUGUAUUUUAAAUAAAUUCCAAUAUACGUCAUAUAAGCUAAAAUAUAAAAAAAUGUGGGUUAGGCCAUUUUUGCGCUAAUGGCCUCAAAUGACUUACAAUAUCAAUUUAACGAUUAUCUGCUAGCGAAACUCGGCAGCUACCUUGGGACGACGUCUGAUGAUGUUCCAUUCGGAGUCCAGGAUUGCUUCGCUGCAGACGUACAAUGUCUAGUGCGUUUCAAAUAAGAAUGUGCAUGUCAAUGACCUUGAGCUGUCUAAAGAUCGAUAAAAAAAUAUGGACAGCAACAAAAAAAAUGUAUCUUCUUUUUUCUAGUAAUUUUUUUGCAUAAUCAUGAAGACUAUUAAUAUGUUUGUUUUAAUGAACCAUACACAUCUAUAAUAUAAUUUCCUUGUAAUGUUGAGUACUGGUCGUGGUAAAUUAAACAUGGAUUUAGAUUAUGUAUAUUUUAAAAAAAUCCCACCUAUUUAAAAAUUGCAACACUGUCGGGCCCUAUAAUCUGUGGAUGGGCUACGAUGAUGAUGAUAACUCAAGCAGUGCUAUGAGUGGAAUCGGAAAACUCGAAUAUUUGGAUUAUAAAUAAAUGUUUAAAAAUAUGUACCUUUUUUACUGACUUUACCUAUUUUUUCCGGUUUGACAGCUAUGACGUCACAAUAUGGCGCAAGUCCAUGCGCAUUCUUAAUUGAAACGCAUCAUGUCACGUAUUUGUAUUAAAAAUAUAUGCGUUGUUGAGAAUCUAUACAGUAGACAUGCAGAUGCGGAGUACGUGAACAUGAAAAUGCAUUCCUUUAUUUUAAAUUUGUACAAACACGAAAAUUGUGUGUUGAAAUUUAUUACACCUUAUUAAUAAAUUGUUACAGUGCGUAGCCAUAGUUUUGACCACCGAUCUUUUAUUGGAAAAAUAAUGUCAAUUAUCAUUCAUGUUUUAUCUGUAAAUAAUUAUGUUCUAAUAAAGAAAUAUGAAAUAAAACAUUCAUAAA